AUGCAGCUCUCCGCCCUCUUCCUCCUCGCCCCCGCCCUCGUGCAAGCGACCCUCAACAAGUCCACCUCCAACACCAAGGGCAAGUGUCCCAAGAGCUACAACUGCAGCCCCACCAUAACAACAAAAACCGACAUCCAGGCCGCCGAGUGCGCCUUUAAUACCCGCACCCACAAGACCCAGACCUUUGCCGUCUUCAAAACGAACCACGCGGAAGACAGCAGCCACGGGGCCCCCUACGGCCCUUGCUCCGCGUACACCUGCGAGUCGCCCACAGACGCAGAGAUGAUCGACGACGCCGAUUGCUGGACCUUCUUCUGGAGCGGCCACGGCGAGAGCAAUGGAGCUGGCCUCGACUGCAUCAAGGACCCCAAGACGGGCGUCUGCGGCUGCGAGAACUCUGACGGCAAUUUCAUCCCCGGCCGCUCGGACUGCAAAUAA